AUGGCCGAUUCGGAUACUGAGAGUGAAGACUCAGUCAACUAUGAGAACGAAAAUGAACAAAAUGCAGACAAUUAUGUCUACAGCAAAGACGACAAAAGCUUUGAGGAACAAUACAAGGCAGCAGUCAAGGCAAUAAAGACAACAACAAUCGACAGAGAGAUUGAUGUUGAUAGGUUUCUCUCUGCAUACGGCGCCGUUGCUGGCCAGUCCGCUGGCCAUGGCUCAGAAAAUCUGUUACACGCUAUAGUGGAUAUGAUCAAACGUGACGACAUGAAAUCAGAAAAUGUGAGAUGCCUCGUUCAGCGACUCGUUGAGGAUUACCCGAAACUUCUGCUACAACAAAGCAACGACGGAUACAACCCAUUACAUAUGGCCAUCAGAGACUCCGCGUAUCAACUUGCCGAAUAUAUAAUCUCCGCCUGCGUCAGGAGUAAGAGUGCAGAUGCAAAAACGACGUCUGUUAAGCAAAACCUCGAAACAGCGCUUCUACAGACCGCGCAGGGAGGAAGAACAACUCUACAUGCUGCCUUCUUAGGCAACUUGAACCUCAGCACAGCUAGAAUGCUGAUAGAAAAUGCUAAUGACAAGGCCUUGGAAGCUCAAGACGAUAGAAACAAUACGCCUAUGCACUAUGCGGCAUCGUUCAAGCAAUGUACUGAUGCCGGCGCCGAAAUCAUUGAUCUGCUUGUUGCCCGGGAUUUGGAGGCCUCUCGACGUAAACUGCCAUCUGGGACAACAUUUCUCGACCUAGUAAACGCCGAGGGGCGCUCCGUCUACGAAGAACUUCAAUUUUCAAGACAAAACGAAAUUAUGCGCCAUAGAACGAGGAAGAAGCAGCGCGCUCCGAAUCAAAUACCUGAUCAAUCAGCGAGUACUGCUCGGCCUGGAGGUACCGCACUGCCCAGUUACCCCAAAGCAGACAGCAAACCGCAAAUUAGCGUACAAACCGGCGUGAGAGAUGCCACAGCCUCAUUGGGCUUUAUUGGCAGAGAGGCAAAACUAGACGACCGCGAAAGGGAGCGGCAGGAAAAAAAGAGAGAGGAGGCUGAGAGGUUAAAAGCGGAGGCAGAAGCGCUCGCACGUAAGAGUCGUUUUGACUUCGUAAAAGGCCAAGGAACUACUGGCCGUGAUGCCAGUAGAAGUUCUCAACCUCAGACCAAUGACAGAGAGAGUCAAAGUCUCACGGUGCCAGCUGCUUUGGACGUCGGAAAGAAGCUGGCCCAGCCGAUGGAGUCGUCGGCUAAUAUGUCUAUCAAAAGAAGAGACACGGGUCGAUUGGACGGAAAUCUAAAACAAGGAAGCCUUGCGACUGAACCUACUCCUAUCACCCGCAAGGCAAACAUCGCUAGCGACUACAACCUAAAGCGAAAAGUCUCCAAAGAGAUUCUUCUAAAAUUGAAGCUACAUUACAUGAGAACUCGAAGCUCGGAGAUGGCACUUGCAUUUCUGUACGGAACAAACAUGAAGGAUGUCCAAAUUAGCUUUGAUUACGAUCGCUUACCAGCCAAGGUGGCGUGGAAUGAGUUUGAGAAGCAGUUUGGCAAAGACAAUAAAUCCGGCUUCCAAUUCGAUAGAGUUCUACAAUAUGUAACUUUUCCCCAAGUGGAGGUAGCCAUCAAGGGCCGUCUUGCAGACCGACAAAUAGGAGCAGAAAAGGGGAAACAGGAGCAUCUUGGCCGUAAAGACAUGGUACACUUCUUUAACUGGCUUUAUGAAAAGGGGGUUCGUCACAUUAUUAGAGUAUCUGUCAAUGACUCCGGGGAUCCGGGAGAAAAGAUCCACACAGACCAGGCCAUUCAACAAUGCCUUGAGCGUUUUGUUGUGGAAUCACUGGACUGGCAAAAGACAGACUUGGACCCAGAGACAAUCCUCAGGAUGUAUGAUGAUCCUCAGUGGAUUAAACAAAAGGUUGAAGAGUUUCGACUGAGACUCAACAAGAACUCUAAAGAAGCCCGAGAGAAAGACUUAAAAUUGGAACAACAGGAUGCCUUUCAGGCAACCGGCGAGAUAGAAGUUCUUCUUGAAGCCAUAGAUAUGGAUGAUGGAUCUAAACUAACGGCUCGAGGUGUUUCCAAUUUCACAGCAUCCACUUCUGUUAAGGGCAUCAACUCACAUAGAUGGUUGGAUUCCACAUCCAGAUUUGCCGGUGAAAUGAGAUCCUUUUGGGAUAACACAUUAGAGCAGUGGAACGACAUCCCUAACAAGGUAUUGCGGCCCGAGGAUGAAUUUGAAGGCGACGUCGUUGUUGCUUUGAUCGACGAUGGUGUCGAUAGGUUGGAUAAUACCCUAUCUGGUCAAGUUCUAGAAGGGAAAAGUUUCGAUUAUCAUGACGGUCAGGUACGGCCACCAUUUUCCUCGGCAAGGGGCCAUGGGACAGUCAUGGCUAGUAUGAUCCUGCGCGCAAUCGAAGCAGCGCUCGCAAAAAAUGCCACUAUUAUUUCUAUGUCAUGGACGCUGCCGAAAUCGUCGGCCGAGAAUGAAACAAAAGAUGAGCUCCACGAGAUCCUAGACUUGGCUGUCAAACGAAAAGUUAUCAUGUUCUGCUCGUCACCUGAUGAAGGGAAGUUUACCGAACUAGACUAUCCAAGCGGCCCCUGGCGCAGCCGUUUCUUUCGUAUCGGUGCUGCUCGUGCUGAUGGCACCAUUUUUGAAUGGACACCCGACGACGGAAUUUCUUUUGUCCUCCCCGGCGUCGACGUAGUCAAAGAACAGGCGGGGAGGACCUCAUCUGAGACUCAGUCAUUUGGCGUUACAAGUCGCGUGGCCGACUUCAAGUACGAGACUGGGUCGAGCGUUGCUACGGCUCUAGCUGCCGGGUUGGCCGCCAUGAUUAUUUAUUGCGUCAAGGCCAGUAUCAUGGCCCUCAGGAUCGCUAAUCAGAACGUGGAUUCCGUCAUAGGCAUUGCAAUUACGAAUGGCGAUUUGAAGAGGAUUUCCGAGCACGAUGCCAUGAAGCAGGCCUUUUCCACCUUGGGCAAAGUAACGCCCAACAGAUUUAUUCAGGUCUGGGAGAAACUGGACGCCAUCAGCGAUAAACUGGAGGUUGCACAGUCCAAGGUACUUAAAGACGAUGAAAAAAGGGAACUCACGCAGUCGUUUGUGAACUUUGCGUCGAUGCUACUCAACGGCAAGCAGUCAGAUCUGAAAAUGGCAGAGUAUAAUGGGCUCGGCAUGUAG